UUGUUUUGGUGCUGUUAAUUCUUCGUCGAAACGACGAGCGUGAGCUCACGCGUGUACACCCCGUCAAUUAAAAGCUCUAUUUACCCUGAAGAGUAUUUUGGGAUGACAAGAAAUGAAGAGGGAGUAGGCGGCACCUGGCACCAUAUACCCUCUUGGCAGUGUGACAGCAACGAAAGAAUCAAGGUUCGAGAUGACAGAGGUGAGUAGUAGCUAUUUGGGAGACACCUGUGGGGCAAAAUGAGAGAGCACAUCAGUGGCUACAGAAUUAGAGCAAAACAGGCACUUGGACGUCGCAAAGUCUCAAAAGGAGACGUAAUUCUCACAUCAGAGCCUUUUGUGUAUAUGCUUACUACUCCUUAUAAGGGCCUUUACUGUGAUAAUUGUUUAAAGAGAAAAAAGGAAGCUUUUCAGAGAUGCUCAGGCUGCUCAUUUGAAUGGUAUUGUAAUGUAGAUUGCCAACGAAAUUCAUGGAGCUUGCAUAAAUCUGAGUGUAAAAAAUUGAGACGACUUAAGCCAAAUUAUCCAGUAGAUACUGCUCGACUUCUGGCAAAGAUUAUCAUAAAGCUCCAGAAUGGAGGAGAUAAAAUUGAAGAAAAAUGGACUGAAACUAAAACGAGAAAGUUUAAAGACUUAAUGAAUCAUUACACUGAUAUUAAGAAGGAUGACCAGCGUCAAGAACACUUGUCUGUCCUGAAAGUGGUAUUAUAUGAUUAUCUUGGGCCAGAAAACCUCCCAAAUGAGGCAGACCUUCAAGGGAUUUUUGGUCGGGUGGUCAUUAACAGUUUCAGUAUCAAUGAUGAGGAACAUUGUAGUAUAGCAACUGGUGUCUAUUUGGCUGGUUCAGUAUUUGACCACUCUUGUCAACCAAAUGCCUAUAUAACUUUUACUGGGACAAAGCUGAUCUGCAGGUCUUUAGUUGAUUGGCCUGCUUUAGACUGGAAUAAGGUGAGAAUUAGUUAUGUGGACGUUUUGCUCUCUACUAAAGAUCGUAUAUCAGAUCUCUAUCAUCGUUACUAUUUUACUUGUGGCUGUAAUUAUUGCUCUGACCUGAAGAGGGAGAGAAUUUCAUCAUCAAUUAAUUGUGGUAAUCCUUCUUGUGAAGCUCCAGUUCAUGUAUCUGAAACAGAUGAUCCCAGUCUCCCAGUGGGCCCUUGUGAGAAGUGUGGGUUUCAUGACUAUGCUCCAGAUACACGAACUUUGUAUAAAGAAAUUGCUACUUUCUCCAGAGAACAAUUGGACUUAAUGAAGCAGAAAUACUAUUUUGAUGUAAGCAAGCUGAUUUUAGAGAAACAAGGGUCCAUGCUUCAUAAGUUGAAUGUACUGAGGGUAAGAGCAUUAGAUGCUGCCUAUGAAAGUGCCAUCUCUUUAGAGUUAUGGGACAAAACUGUUGAAUUUGGCAGUCAGAAUUUGGAUGGUAUCAGGUACUAUUAUGGGGAAAAUCAUCCUACAUUUGGAUUGAUGCUCCUCAAACUUGGCAAAGUUACUUACCUCAUUGGAAAACUAGAGAAAAGUAUGAGAUUUUUUAGAGAUGCUGAAGCUAUCCUUCAAAUUAGCCAUGGCACCAGCCAUCCAGUAUACAAAGAUCAGCUGAGGCCUCUAAUGGAACAAGCUCAGGCUGAGAUUGCUUUCAAACGUGCACGUCAUAAACAAUGAAUGAAUUCGUCAGGCUGGUACUUUAUAGAUGGUGUUACUCUAGUGUUAGAUUAUACAUAUUAUGUAGCGCAUAAUCUUUUUUAAAUUUUAUACUUUUAUUUGCUGUUACCAUAGUAGGUUUUCAUUAAGAACCUGUAAGAUCUUCCAAGUUGAACAAUAAAUGUGUUUAUUUUCAAACCCAUAGUUA